UUAAAGGCAAUGGACGGCGACCGAAUAACAGAACCCUUUCUCGUUCGCAUUCCUCCAUGCUCGUUCGCAAGAGAGCCACGUGAUCCCCGCGCAGCCAAUCGGAGUCCUGGAAAGCGACGUCGUGGUUCGAAAGUUGAUCGAGCGGUCUGUUUGAUGUUUAUAUAUCGUGGUCACGCUCUUUUGUCCCUUUCGUUGGAAAACGGAUCGACAACGUGCGAAUGGGAGGAAAAUCUCGACUAACGAACGCUCUAGAAGUUCAACGGAGUCGUGCAGUACGUACGUAGAGAGUGGCCUGCUGCCAACACGAUGAACCCUGGCCAACAGUUGCCAAGCAUACCGCACUGUUGCUGCCUUCAUGGACGUGCUGGUGGCAUUGCUCCUCCUGUCCAGCCCAUGCACUGCUGCACCGCUGAGUACCACCAUUUCCCCAGAUGCUAUCAACCUUCAGGGGUCGAGCUCGUCAGGGGCAGGACUCAACACCAGUACCGAUGGCCGCCUGUCAACAUUCACUCCACCGACAAAAACGACAAAGUCAGCUAAUGAUGCUUCCUUGCACACAGCGGACAGCACAACUGCCGAUCCUCAUCAAACUUCAAUAUUGCCUGCAUUUGUCCACCACAUCACUGAACAGAGCUUUACGAGGGACACGGAUUUGUCAUUGUCGAAGACGGUAGGCAGUGAAGUUGCUCAAAGCUCAUCAGAUGACAAUAACUCCACAAUAGCCUACCUGGAAACACAAACAUCUGUGGAUGUGCUUAGUUAUGAACUCAGCUCGCUCAAGAACAGGUCGGGGGACAGACAGGUGAGCACAUUGCCUGGGAGCAUGCCUUCAGUUGAAGUGUCAACUGUACUUCCUACUCAAGAAGAGCUGAGGCCGGCUGGUAAAUUAUCAGUUGUCAAGGUGCACGAGGCACCCUCACAGACUGUUGCUAAACAAGAGCUGACUACUUCAUUGUCAGUUACAGUUCCUAGCGUUACCACUCACAACCAAUUUGAUAAUGAAGAGCUGCAGGUUACAGCUGAAGAAAGACCAACUAGUAAAGAGCACAUGAGUCAUAUUCUACCAAGUGCAAGUCCUAAUGUAACAACUCUCAACUACUCUGCAGUACAAAGCCUGAUGCGGUCCACUACGGUUGUUUAUGCAGUCGCUGCCAAUUAUGAUGUGCUAGACGUUACAGCCACACCGAAGACUAGCACACCUCUGCCUCAAAACAAUGAUGUGCAAGCUCCAGUACCUACAGCAACAAGAAUUAGUGAAAGCAACAGAACAGAAGACGUUGAAAUUCAGUUAAAGAGUCUUGUGUCGACACAAGGUCAGACCAUCCAGCCUCCUACCACAAGUUUUACAUCUCCUUCCUUUUUUUCAAGUGAUGACUUACAGAGCAGAACUUUAUAUAAGAGCUCUCUAUCCAACAUGCCACUACCAGCAUGGAGUGAGCUAGUGAACUGCACGUCAGUGAAUUGCACAGAGCAGUCAGUUGAAUUAACACUACAGCAGCCCUCAGUAUGGAGUUCUUCUGAUAUGACUACGGCUACUGCAGUUGAAUAUAGCACUACAUCGGAGCAAAGUACAAGCCACAAACCAGAUGAUGGGGCCACACUGCCUCUUGAGAAUACUGAAACAAGUACUGUCACAGUACUGCCUGUUCUUGAAGACAGGACAGUUGAGCACAGUACUACAUCGGAGCAAAAUACAAGCCAGAAACCGGAUAAUAGUGCCACAAUGCCUCUUGUGAAUACUGAAACAAGUACUAUCAUAGUGCCUAUUCAAUACUAUGCAGUUGAUCAUAGUACUACAUUGGAGAAAAAUACAAGCCAAAAAUGGAAUGAAAAUGCCACACUGCCUCUUGAGAAUACUGAAAGAAGUUCUGUUACAAUGCUGCCUAUGCUUGAAUACAGUGAAUACAGCACAGUUGAGCAGAGUACUAAAUCGGAGCAAUAUACAAGCCAAAAGCCAGAUAGUGCCACACUGCCUCUUGAGAAUAAUGAACCAAGUACUGUCACAGUACUGCCUAUUCUUGAAUACAGCACGAUUGAGCACAGUACUAAAUUGGAGCAAAAUGCAAGCCAAAAACUGGAUGACAGUGCCACACUGCCUUUUGAGGAUAAUGAAACAAGUACUGUUACGGUACCACCUGUUCUUGAACACACCACAGUUGAGCACAGUACUAAAUUGGAGCAGAGUACAAGCCAAAAGCCAGAUAGUACCACACUGCCUCUUGAGAAUAAAGAACCGAGCACUGUAACAGUACCACCUAUUCCUGAAUACAGCAUGAUUGAGCACAGUACUAAAUUGGAACAAAAUACAAGCCAGAAGCCAGAUAGUGCCACACUGCCUCUUGAGAAUAAUGAACCAAGUACUUUCACAGUACUGCCUACUGAAUACAGCACAAUUGAGCACAGUACUAAAUUGGAACAAAGUACAAGCCAGAAACCAGAUAUUGCCACACUGCCUCUUGAGAUUAAUGAACCAAGCACUGUCACAGUACUGCCUACUCUUGAAUACAGCACAGUUGAGCACAGUACUACAUCAGAGAAAGAUUCUAGGCAAGAAUCGGAUAGUGCCACACUACCUCUUGGGAAUAACGAAACAAGUACUGUUACAGUUCCUAUUUCCCUGGAUUACCCAGAGAUUGACAACACGUCAGUGGCAACUUUUUCUCUGCAAACCACUGAGACACUAGCCAAGGUGACAGAGAUUCCACCCACUCCCAUUUCUGCUGCCACCUCAGCCUACUCAAGUGAAGCAUCGGUCAAUGCAGCAACACAACUUGUCAAGAUGUCCACAGAUGCAACAAUGAUUUCGGAAGAAGCCAGCACAUCAGAAAGUUUCUUUGACACAUUUUCUUUGGCACCGAAAUAUGAUAGAGCCACAGUGGUGAUGCCAUCCCAUGGUAGACCACUUGCGGCUACAUCAAGUACUCCAGCAGGUGUGGUAUUAGGUACAUCAGAUUUGGGAGAUACUGUCACUAAUUCCGAAAUUCCAGAUGAAGAUAGUGCAACAGAACAUAGUGAGGCAAGUCCAACAGGCACAAGUAAUACUGCAGGAACUUCAGGAGUGAUUGCUGGCACCACUACUACAGAUUUGGUGGGACAGCAAGUACUCCCAGAGUUAAGAGAUGUUCUUGAUGCGAGUGAGCCAACAUCAGCUGAACAUUUUACACCCUGGGAGGGAACUGAUCCUGUUCGUAAGCAGCUUGAAACUUUGCUAGCUACUGGUGCCGUCACGGAAAGCAACAUGUUUGCAGGUUUCCCACAUUCAUUAAGUGAGGAACUCGCUAGCACCACUUUGGAGGUUACAACUACACUACCUGCAAGCUCUUAUAGUCCAGCGGGGAGUGAGCCAGUUUCACCUCAUACUCCAGCCAUUGCACCAGAAGGAAAGUUGACAUCACCACAUGUGCAACAGAGUACCACAGAGAAGAGCUCUGUUUCUACAGCUUUGCCUUCUGAGCUGCCAAGGCAUGGAAUCCCGGAAGACGGCACUUCGUCAACCUGCGUGCCCUUGGAGCCACCGCGGAGGCCGACGCACGAGUUCCGGCUGGUGUUCAACACCUCGGCCGAAUUCUCCUGGGAGCAGGUCGAGGCCCUUGAAAAGCGCAUCCAGCACUUUUCCAACGACAGCGCUUGUCCGCGCCACUUCGCACGCACUGCAUUUACCCUUGGACCCCCACACGAACUCAGCUGGACUGACCCUUCGGCCAACGCAAGCUGGUGCGACCGCGGAGCUGUAGACACCCUGUUGCACGCCAUGCGCACCCGCACGGGUCACCCAACGCCCGAGGUGACGAGGGCCUUCUACCCUGAGUUUAAGGUCGUCACUGUUGAGCUACAUUACCGUGGCGCAUGCAUGGACCGCCGAGGUAUGGCGCCGUUCCCCAUUGCAGCCACAGCCAUCGGCGUUGUUCUUGCCGCGGCACUCAUUGCGGGCUUGGUCCUCUGGAGGGCACUGCGGCUGGUGCCCUCACGUUCACGCAAGCUCAACGUCACCAGCAGGUCCUCCGCAGUGCCUCGCGAGUCGUUCCAUCUGAAGCAGCGGCGGCCCGUACUCCUGACAGGAGAGAACAGGGCUGGCAGCACCAAUGGCACUCCAAGCAAGAGCCCGCACACCAAGCCCAACCCACCGUUUGUGGUAGACACGGACUUCUGCUACAUCAAUCCCAACUUCUUGGAGGUUGUCAAACAGUCGCCGCCACCUCCACCGCCAUACCGAAAGUCGCUCGACAGGCGCAGCCUCGAUGCCGUGCUCCCUGCUCCGCCCCCGAGACCACCACAUGGUCCUCACUCAUCUCUCGGGAGUCGACGACGAGCUGAGCACGACGAAGGAUCGUCGAGUUCGGGGGUUGAGUCGGACGCGCAGCCAUCGGGGGAGGCCAAAUCCAAUGAGAGCAGCUGAAAGUGAUGAACGAUGGCAUAGCAGCAUUUCAGACACAUUCCAGUCUUCUUGUGAAUAAUUCCAUUCAUUCAGCCCGUCCUCAGACAACAUAAACCCAAGCUUUCUCUUGGCACCAAAGUUUAAUGUGGCUGUUAUCAAACAACGGUGGAAAGUUGGGCAAGUUGGUUCAAAACACUGCUCUGACACGUACAGACAAGAACAAGUGCUGGCUUCCAACUGAAUUUUUUUUAUUAAAAACAGGUGAACAUGUGUCAUCGAAAAAACAGUAGAAAACACGUAAGCAUUCCCACCAUUGCCUGCUAUGCACGUGUAAAUGAGAUCAUGAAGCAAGCUUAACAUGUAGCCCCACAUAACAAUGUAGGUGCAAUAGCUCUGCGGCCAUAAGCGCCAGAAAAAGCCAUAUUGCAUAGUGUAAGCAACAAGGACACAUGCAGCUACAUUCAAUUCGCAAGAAAUUGUGUUGCUAUGCAUAUGCCAUAAAAACAAGUACACGCAUUUUCUGCCAGCUCAUUGAUCCAAUCUACACAUUAUAUCAUUAAGCUCAUGAUUUCAUAGCUGCCGAUACUAGAACACAUCCUGUCAAGUGUUCACAUAUUGUGUCCGUGCAUUAAAUCUAAAACAGCGCAAAUCGUAAUUGCUUCCAAAUUUCUUAUUCUGCACAGCCCUUGGUGUGUUACCUAUAUUUUAAUUUGUGACAAUAAAUUAAGUGUACUUCAAAUGAAAAAUGAAGAACCCCGGUGAGAUGUUUUGGGAGAUGAAUGGGCAGUCCUUGUGAUAUGCUAUAGCAGGCUUUGCAUGUUGUAUCUCAACAGCAUCUCAGUCAUUUUGCUGUGAAAUCGGAGAGACCUACAAGGGCUUGAUCACUGCUUUUAGUGAGCAGACAUACAUGAAAACAACUGCGCUUAGCUGAUGUCUAAGCAAGUAGACAAAGAUACGUCCAUGUCCAAUUGUAAUCUGCUUUACACUCCAUACCGAGAAAGUCGACUUUAUUGAAGGAAAACAUCAUUUCAUAUACUAUUCGUCCUGUUUAGUGUGUUGGUCUUGUGUUACUGCAAUGUCUGAUUUUACUUGCUUCUGUAGUGUAACCUCACUGAAUUCAUGCUAUGAGCUUUGGAUGUGCUACUCAACAUUGUGGGGAAAUUUUGUACGACUUUCACUGCCACUAUAUUUUUCUCAUUGGGUUGCACACAUGUUGCAUGCAGACAGACUUGCUGCCGUCUUCUCAAAACUAGAGGUAUGACACCGAGCGAAGUGUUUCAAGAGUUUAUCAGCAUUUGUACUGAACGUUGCAUGUGCCAGGCAUACUUUAGCAAUAACGUUAGCAGUAAUGCAAUUGACACAAGGAAUUACGGGUGUCUCUGUUGUCAGUUCUCCUGUCUCCAUUGUGUCAGGGCUAUGGUUAGUAGUGUAGCCCAGUAAAAUUCUGGACUCUAUGUGAAAUAAAAGAUGCCCGUACAACUUGGCAAUUGCGUUACACGGGGCAUGCAAACCUUGGGUAAAUUUCUUGCCACUUUCAUCCACAAUAAAUUGGAAUUGGCAAGUAAAAACUUUGCUAAAAUAGUGAGCUUGGGCUGAAAUACAGCGAAAGAUUGUUCUGCUGGAGUAAAAUCCUUGUGUUUUUUAUUGCCAACACCACGUAGAAUGCAUUCCUGCGAUGGAUGAAACAGUCAAUUAAUUUGCACAAACUUAAUAUGAAACUAAGGGUAAUUAACACAACUGCAAAGUUCCACCCCUUAGUGAAAUUUGAUGGCCAUUCAGCCUAUUUGAAUGGCUAUGUGUACCUGUCUGUAUCAUAUAUGCAACAUUCUAUACUUACUGCUACUUCUAGUACACAGAGCCCAGUGUAACAUAUGACAUACAGGCUGUGUGACAUUAUCUACAGUGACACGAUCUACAAGUUCAUUGUACAUUUGGCAACAUGUGGCUUUGCCACAUGCUUCACCACAAACGCUGCAACUGUAAUGUGCGCACACCCCUUUGUUGAGAGGGAGUAUUCUUAUUAUAUGUAAAAGUUUGAAUGGCAUGUAAGAGAUUGGUUUACUUUUACAGGCCUUGUCAGCGAUGCUUGUCCAGUGAAUUUUGAAAGCUGUGCAUGGUAUUUGCUUUAGUGGCAUUCACAGGCAUGCGCAGGGGAGGGGGGGGCACCCCCCCCCCAGUCAUCUAAGAGGGCAGGGGGUCUGAAAGUCUGCCCCAUACAUUGACUUAAUAGGGAGGCGGGGUGCUGCAAUGUCUUUGCCCCCCCCCCCCCCCCUGAAGGGGAACCCUGCGCAUGCCUAUGGUGGUAUUCAACAAAAGUUUCAUGUAAAAUUGUGUUUGUUCAUCAUGCACCAAUCUUCAAAAUCACAGACAUGCUCAAGGUUCUGCGACUGCUAGGUGACACAACUUCGCUCCUUUGCAAGUACUUUGUUGCUUUCGGUAGCAUACGCUGUAGACUCUCUUGCUGACUGUCAUCCCCAGUGAUCACCAAGAGCACUUCUGUUGCGUACAUAGAAAGUCAUUAUGUGACGCACCAGACCACAAAGCCAGCCACUGAUGAAAGAAACUGUUCAUGCAAAUAAUAGAUUGGCAUUUUAUGCCAACACAUUCAAGUUGCACACCGGUAUAUCCUGCUUUUAGCAUGCUACAGCAACCACCAAUAAGAAAACUUCCCGUGAAAGUGAGAAGCUGAGCCAACGUGCAGUUGUAAUUUCACUGGCCGGCUUGUACUAGGCGCUGCUGUAGAUGCUGUACUGACGACUAUGCAUUCCAGAGCUACUUUAUUUCCAUUCACUAGUCCCUGUGCUUGUAUUAGCAGAAAUAAUGUUAUUUAUUGAAAUGUCUUGGAAAAUGUGUGUUGUGUAUUUGUGGCCUGAAUGUAACUGAAUAAAUGUUUGUAUAUGUAGAA